UUAAAAGUUAAAAUGUGAUCGAAUUUCCAAGAAGGAUUUUAGGAUUAAAUAAAAUAAAAUUUAAUCACCUAGCAACUGAGCCAGUGAUGAAUAUUAGCUCAGUUAGAAACUUUAGUUCAAUCGAGACUGUCCUGGCGAACGGAUCUGUCAAGACUACUGAAUUAAAAAUUAAUUAUCAACUACUGAAUUAUUAAAGAUGCAGUUAAAUUUUGGAAGAUCGAUUGAACUUUCUGUUCUGGGUUUUUUCAUUUUUAUAAAAUUACUUUCUAUUCAUUUUGUGAGAACUUUUUACGUCGCUGACGAAUACUGGCAAUCUUUGGAAGUUGCUCAUCAUAAAGUAUUUGGAUAUGGUUAUCUCACGUGGGAAUGGGACUACAAGAUUCGCAGCUACAUAUAUCCAUUCAUCAUCUCCAACAUCUACAAAGUGCUUGCCAUCAUGAAAUUGGAUUAUCCGUCAAUGAUAAUCUAUUCACCUAGAGUAUUUCAAGCUAUUUUGAGUGGAUAUGCUGAAUACCGAUUUUACUUAUGGCAUAAGAAUGAUGCUACAUUGUUAUACCUAUUCAUGAAUCCAUUCUGGGUUUAUUGUGCUUCCAGGACACUUACCAAUACUAUGGAAACUUGUUUGACGAUGAUAACUUUAUCAGUAUUCCCGUGGGACAAUAAACGGAAAUAUGGAUCACGGUAUCUCUGGCUAGUUGGAUUUAUGUGUUUCAUCAGACCUACAGCAGCUAUUAUGUGGGCUCCUUUGUGCUUGUAUCAUAUCUACACCAGCAAGAAGACCAUCUUACAGCUUAUAAGAGACUAUGUAUUUAUCGGAUUGUGUAUUUUUACCAUUGCAACUGCAAUAGACAGCUACUAUUAUGGAGAAUUUGUGAUAACACCGUGGGAAUUUUUCAAAAUUAAUGUCUUGACCGACGUCGCCAGUCACUAUGGAGUGGAACCCAGUUAUUGGUAUUUAUUUAAUGCAUUGCCAGUCUUUUUACUCGUUAAAGUAUAUAUUUUACCUAUUUCGAUAUACCAAAUUAUUAAGACUCAAAAGAUAAAUUCAAAGCCAGUAAUAACUCUAGGAAUUGUCUCAUGGACAAUCACAAUAUAUUCAAUGUUACCGCAUAAAGAGCACCGUUUUAUUUUACCAUUGUUACCAUUGCUAAUCUACAUAUGCACAUGUUUCGAAUAUCCAAAGAAUACCAGCGUAACAAUUAAGAAAGUUAUUAAUGUAAUUAUGUACCUCAUCAAUUUAAGUGUGCUAAUUUAUAUUGCUAUGAUUCAUCAAUAUGGAUCGUUACAAAUUAUGAGUUAUUUGGGAGAUCAAAUAAGUAACAGUACAUCAAAUGUCGACGUGAUGUUUUUAACGCCUUGUCAUUCAACGCCAUUCUACAGUCAUGUUCAUGAGAACAUUCCAAUGGAAUUUUUAACUUGUGAGCCGAAUUUGAAUAAUCAAGAAAAUUAUCAAGACCAAGCUGAUAUAUUCUUCAGUAACCCCAUGGAUUGGAUAGACAAUCGUUAUUCAAACUCGACGCUACCUAAAUUAUUGGUAAUGUAUGAUAAUCUCGUUCCUAAAAUUGGAAAAUUUUUGGAUGAUAAUUACCAUCUUGUCGUUGAAUUAUUUGAUUCGUACCAUCCUUCACCUAAUCGUGGUAAAUUUCUUUCUUUGUAUAAACUAAAAUGAAAAAAUUACAGUCGAUUCUAUAAAUGACGAUACUUUUUAAAUUGUUAAUUUUUAAUUUCAUAAACAUACAAAUCAAUUUAAAAAUAUUUUGUACAAACUCGAGUAAAAACAAUUUCAAAUGCUUGCAAAAAUAGACAUUUUUUUUUUUUCCAGUUAUUAAUUUUUCAAUAUUUUGUAUCAACUCGUAACAUGAACCAUCAAUUUUUUGUAACAAAUAAAUAUCAUUCUUUAAUUAUUUUACAAGUUCAUAAAUAUUUUCCUAAUAAAUAAACGUAAAAAUUCUGUUAUUUAAAAGAAAACUGUUUUUUUUUUUUGUAAAUAAGAGAUAUUUUUAUAAGACUAAAUAAAAUUUCUUAAUCAAAUAAUAUUUUUGAAAAUUUGUUUUAUAAUUCAAUUAAUUACCUUAUAUCAUUAUUUAAAUAUAGAAAUUAAAUUAGAAUUAAUAGUAAUUUAUUACAUUUAAUAAUAAUAAAAAAAAUAAAAAAUAGUAAAAGAGAAGUAGAAAGCACAUGGUAAUAACGUAGAAAUUUUCCAGUGACUACAACUUAAUUUUAGACAAAUGGUAAUUUCAGAAUAAAUAAAUCUCGAUUAUAAAGCUUAUAAUUUAAUAUAAAAUACUGUAAAAAAAAUUUCUUGACAAACGAUUUCUCAUUUUAAUUUUAAUACCAAUAGCAUAUUCAUUUUAAUAAUAAAAGAAAAAUUUUCAGGAUAAUACUUGCAUUUAAAAUCGAACAAAGAAUACAAAACAAGCUUAAAGUGUUUAUUUUUCACAUGAAUAAAUGUCAUAAAAACAUAUUUCAAGUAAAUAAGAUAUUGUAAACUUAUAUAAGUGACAAAUGAAUUAGAAAUUUAAAAAUAAAACUGUACAUUAUUUUUUUUUUUUUUUU